GAGAAUUUUCAAGAAGUCUUAGAGUAAAUUGAGAACCCUAUUGCAUUUGACUAAUCUCCUAGUAACUCAGAUUCAGAUUCAGAAGAAUCGAAUAGUUCUACAGACUACGAAGAUGGGUUUGAAGAUGGAACUCUAGAAGUAGUGGAAGAUGAGCCAAACAAAGUAAAACAACUUCGGGAAUGGGCAAAUACAAACGGAAUAAAGCAAAAUGAUGUUGAUCAACUUUUAAAAAUACUACGGCGUAGACUUUUACCCGAAUUACCGAAGUCCGCUAAGACCUUUUUAGGUACAAGUUCAGCAAAAUAUAAUAUUCGAGAAAUGCAAGAUGCAGAUGGAUCCGUUGGAGAAUAUGUAUAUUUUGGAAUCAAAAAAGGACUUAAGGAUUGCAUUGAUGUCAAUGUAUAUUCCAAGGCUACAAUAUUCGUACAAUUUAAUGCUGAUGGCGUCGCUUUAACGAAAUCCGGAGAAAAAGGAUUUUGGGUAAUUUCAGCAAAAAUUCUCUAUAAGCCAGAUAUUUACAAGCCAUUUCCUGUUGCCAUUUACUGUGGGAACUCCAAACCGCUAAGUGUUGAUGAUUACUUGCGAGAGUUAAUUCACGAACUCAAUAUUCUCCAGGCCAAUGGCAUUGUUAUAGAAAAUAAACUUUUUAAUGUCAGAAUCCAUUGCUUCGUUUGUGACAUGCCUGCUCGAACAUUUUUGAAAUGUACAAAAGGUCAUGGCGGUUUUUACGCUUGUGAGAGGUGCGAAAUUCAUGGUAUAAAGGCCGACAAUGUAACAGAAUAUCCACUUAUAUAUUGCGCUGAGAGAACCGACCAGAAAUUUUGA